UGGCAACCUUAGACUGCUGUCAUACAUACAGUAGACUACUGACGUUUUGUGCUGCGGUUCAUUUCUUUAAUAUAAUUAAUAAUGCGGUCCAUUUUGAUCGGGACGGUUUUACUGUCAAUAGCAACUGCUUAUUAUAUUUAUCUGCCUCUGCCCAGCACUAUAUCAGAUCCAUGGAAACUCAUGUUUGUGGAUGCAUUGAACCGUGGCAUGAUGAAGUUGAGUUUUGUAGCUCAUGACCUUGGACUGACUUCCCCAUUCGGUUUGGUAAAAUACUGUUUGGCUUGGGCGGAUGUAAAAAGUAUCGAGUCCAGCGCAACCGUCCGAGUCACAGAAGCGUCUUUUGGAGGAGUGGAAGCACUAGUGUUUGAGUCAGCUGCUGCAGGCCAGGAGCAGAGCUUGAAAAGAAGCGUUGUCUAUUUCCAUGGAGGAGGAUGGACAGUCGGCAGUACAAAGAUGGAACCAUAUUAUCUUCACUGCAUGACUAUGGCUGAAGAGCUGGAUGCAGUCGUAAUAUCUGUUGAGUAUAGGCUGGCACCAGAUGCACGUUUUCCAGAUCAGUAUAAUGAUGUUUUUCAGGCCUCGAAACAUAUUCUGACACCCGAGGUAUUGGGUCGGUACUCCAUAGACCCGAAAAGAGUGGCUGUGUCAGGUGACAGUGCAGGAGGGAACCUAGCCGCCGCUGUGGCACAACAGAUGGCUUUGGACAGUAGCAUUCCUAUUAAAUUCAAAGUUCAGGCCCUGGUCUACCCUGUGCUUCAGGCCUUGGACUUCAACACCCCCUCGUACCAGCAGAACGCCCACAUUCCCAUCCUAUACAGAUCAUUCGUGGCCCGCUUUUGGCUGGAGUACCUAAACGGUGAGCAGAAACUUGUUCCUGCUUUGCUGGCAAACAACCACACGGCUCUGGAUCAGGGUCAGGAUAUAGCAGUGGCCAAAGCCAAGACCGACUGGACCAAGCUUCUUCCGGUGGCCUUUCAGAAGAACUAUAAACCCAAGGUUUCGCUUCAUGGUGACCCAAAGCUGCUGGAGAAGCUGCCAGGCCUGCUGGAUGUGAGAGCGUCGCCUUUACUUGCUGAAACUGAAGUGCUGAAGGCCGUGCCGCCCGCUUACAUCAUGACCUGUGAGCAUGACGUGCUGAGAGACGACGGACUCAUGUACGCCACGCGACUGAAAGAGGCCAGAGUGAAUGUCACCGUUGAUCACUAUGAAGAUGGUUUCCAUGGAUGCCUUGGUUUCGCUUCUGGACCCUUUGAGUUUUCUGUUGGAAGACGAAGUCUUGAGAACUACAUCCGUUGGCUGAAAGAGAACCUCUAAAGACUCAUAUAGACUGGGUCUAUGUUAAAUAUAUUUUAAUUUUGCAUUCGAUUUUUUAAUUUAGCAUGCAGUUCAAUAUGAAAAUGCUUUAAAGUUUUUGCUACAAAAAAACUGAACAAGCAUGCUGUAACUGAAUUUUCAGUUUAAUACAGGGAAUUUAUAAAUGUUUAGUUAAUGUCGGAAUGAUUUAUGCUGUGAAAUUGGAUUUUAUAAACAGGUAUAACAUUAACUAAAAAAAAAAAUUCUAUUAUAGAAAGAUUUUUGGGGAAGGAAAUCACGAUAAUGAGUCAAAUAAAAAAACAGUAUGUUUACUUUUAAAAAAAGAGAAGAAGAAAAUAAAAGAAAAAAGAAAAUUAAUAAAAGGAUUGAUGAGGGAAAUUAAAAAUAUAUAUAAUUUUUGGCCUGACAGAGCUUUCAGGGACAGAUAUCAUUUUAGAUGCAUAGCCCAUGUUCAUAAAAAUUUCUUUAUGCCAUAAAAUCUUUUCUCAAAGCAUAUCAUCAUGUUUACAUAUAACUUCUGACUGUUAAAAUACAACACUACUGGGAAAAUGUUCUAACUCCUGUCUGGGAAUUGCGACUUCUUUGGCAGUUUCUUUGCUGCUGGCAGUCAGCAGUUUUGACAAAAGGGAAUUUCCUAAAAACCUAGCGGUGUGGUGGUUUAAUGAAACACGAGCUGGAAGGGAGUAUUUGAGGGAAGUUAUCUGUCACUGUUAGCACAUGGGAACGCCGGGGGAGCAGAUAAGCAGUUCUCACUGGUUUUCCCACCUGUAAGACCUUUACUAUUAUUGCACCUUUUUUGGUUUUUCCCCUAAUUGGGAGUGUGGGGACAAUAAUCAAUUUCUGUUGAUGUUUUACAGACACUACUAUUCUUCUCAGGGAAAAUCUUUUUAAACAGAUGAUCUUUGUAAUACACCCACAUUUAUGUCUUUUCUAGCUCUUAUUGUUUUGUAACCACUCUGCAUGCCGGUUUCCAAAAUGAUACUACUAUCUUCUUUCAUGUGAGUCAGUGUAGGAUGGAAUCAUGUUUCUUUUAAUGCUGUGUUUUGGAACCUUGGCUACAAAAUAAACCACUGAUGAUGA